AUGCUUCUUCCGCUCCUCUCUAUCUCAACAGCCCUCCUCUCCCUUGCGGGAUUUGUACAAGCUAUUCCACAGGCAAUCCCAUCGAGACCUGCAUCAUCAAACACGCCUACGCGAGCCCCUAUCUCUUUGGCGCCUGCUGCAACAGGAACAACAGCAUGCAAUAACUCCCCAGAUCUAUGUAACCGAAAUUACAACAACAUUACACAUAUGGGAGCUCAUAAUUCUGCUUUCCUACGAGACAGUGCUACAUCUUUUUCCACAGCCGGCAACCAAUUUUACAAUGCAUCGGUAGCCCUAUCGGCCGGUAUUCGAUUACUACAAGCACAAGUUCAUCUCGAGAAUGGAGUAUUACGACUCUGCCAUACCACAUGUGGCCUUCUAGAUGCAGGGCUGCUUGUAGAUUGGUUGGGUCAAAUCAAGUCAUGGAUGGACGCAAACGUGAAUGAGGUGGUCACAAUAAUUCUGGUCAACUCGGAUAACCAACCAGCAGCAACAUUUGGGAGUCUCUUUGCGUCUUCCGGAAUUUCUACUUAUGGCUACACCCCAGCUUCGACCUCUGCCGCAACUACUUGGCCUACAUUACAGACCCUCAUUGCAGCCAAAACUCGAUUAAUAACUUUCAUCGCGAGCAUCGAUUACGAUACCACCUACCCAUACCUCCUACCCGAAUUCAACUACGUGUUCGAAACUGCUUUUGGAGUAUUGGAUAUCAAUGGGUUCAAUUGCACCCUGGAUAGACCUAGCACACAAAGAUCUGCUACCACCGCACUAUCAGCGGGAUAUAUGGGAAUGUUGAAUCAUUUCCUAGAUACUGAUCAAGGACUGGGAAUUACAGUUCCAGAUGUCGGGAACCUGACAAUUGUGAAUGGACCCUCGACUAGUGUCUCUGGUGCGCUCGGCACGCAAGGGUCACAGUGUAUGACGGAAUGGGGCGUCAAGCCAACUUUCAUACUGGUGAACUUCUUUAAUGUCGGUCCGGCGAUGGCUGUGGCAGAUAAUCUGAAUGGUAUUAGGGCUGUUGGGAGAACGGAUGUGAGCACAGAUGUGUUGACCGCAUCGUCGAAGAGCGGUGGAUCGAUACAGAAUGGCCGGAGCUGGUUUGGUAUUGCGGGGAGUGCGAUGGGGGUCAUUGCGAUUGGAAAUUUUGUGUGGAUGUGA